CUCAUCAACCGCGGACGCACGGACGGCCGUCGUCCGACAUUCGCUGCUGUCGCUUGUUGCUGCACCCUCUCAUCCCCCACAGCAGUUCAUGCGCGCAGCUGCACUGCAGUGCCUGCGCAUCGUCACCCGUGCACCUCUGCUCAGCGCCCCACGCCACACCCGCACUCUCCGCCUGCUCGCUGCUGCGCCGCCGCCGCGCCCCACCACUCGCACCAUGGCGACCUUUCCCUCGUUCACCACCUCCAACUUCUACGCCGGCAAUGCGCUCAACCGCCUCUCCUGGCUGCGCCCCGACUCGGCCUUCCUCAACGCCGCGCUGACGUCGUCGCAGGCGCGCUUCCUGCUGCUCCAGCACCUCAACCCGCUCGUGCACGGCGCCAAGACUGGCGGCGCCGAAGGUACGCUGGCCACGCUGUCCUUUGCAGAGGUGCAGGCGGCCCUCGGCGCGUCGGAGGAGGGCCUGUUCGGUCCUGCGCUCAACGGUCUGAAGCGUCCGGAUGCGAUCAACGAGAAGGACUGGGCACGCGCCACUGAUGGCCUGCUGCCGCAGGGCUUGUGCCUCGUCUUCCUCGGCGUCGACGAGCGCGGCACCAAGUCGUCCUUGCCGGGUCAGGUGUCUAAGUCCGGCGCAGGCGCUACGCCCGACGGUGUGCCGUACUUCGCCAUCUCUGUGACGCAUCGCGCCCCUGGUCACAGCGAGGAGGGUCCGCUGCAUGACCUGGAGGCGAAGCUGCUCAAGGACGGAUACGACUUUGUCGACACGCGCACGCUCGCGCAGGCCGGCAGCUGGGAGGCGAGCGAGGCCGCGCUUGUUGCACAGGCACGGAGUCUGAUCGACUGGGCCGAGCGGCAACACUACUGCCCGGCGUGCGCCCGGCGGCAGUACGCGCUCUGGGGCGGCUACAAGCGUGCCUGCGCAUCCUCGCUGGCCCAUGCUCACGAGACCAGCGCCGACUUCGUGCGGCCGCUGCUCGGCCUCGACAGCUCGGCGGCUGGGGCCAAGGAGGACCAGCUCGUCGAUGGCCGCGAUGAGUGCCCGACCACCGGCACGCUGAGCAACUUCAGCUAUCCGCGGACGGACCCGACUGUGAUCAUGGGCAUCGUCUCUCCUGAUGGCGAAGGCAUCCUGCUCGGUCGCCAGAAGAAGUGGCCGCCCGGAUUCUACUCUUGUCUUGCAGGCUUCCUGGAGCCGGGCGAGAGUCUCGAGGAGGCGGUGCGCCGCGAGGUGCACGAAGAGGCCGGCGUCGAGGUUGGCCACGUCACCUACCACAGCUCGCAGCCGUGGCCCUUCCCGGCCAACCUGAUGAUGGGUGCGCUCGGCCAAGCCACGACGCAGACCAUUCGCCUUGACCUCGACAACGAGCUUGAGGAUGCGCGUUUCUUCUCGCGUGCCGAGGUGCUCGCUGCCAUCGACGCAUCUGCCAACUGGACGCUCAAGAAGCACGACCUCGGCAAGAUCGAUGAGAACGUGGCUGCGCGCCAGGCAAAGGUGGACGAGGAGCGGAAGCGCCUCGGCUUGCCUCCGCGUCCCGCCAAUGCGCCCGCGCGUGGACGCCAGGCGUUCCAGCAGAAGGACCCGGGCAGCGUCGCCAACGUCAACAGCGUUGCGGAGCGCUCGCGCAGCCGGAGCACGAGCUCGGAGCGCGCGCCGAGAGCGGCUUUCAAGAUCCCUGGCCCGACUGCGAUCGCUCACGUGCUCAUUGCCGCCUGGGCCCGCGGCGAGGCGCACCUGGCAUCGACACCCUCGGAGACUCCCUCCGCGCGAGGCCGCAUGUAGAGCGUCUCUCUGCUCGUGCUUCUCGCAACCUAUGCCAUUCUCCCGGCUGGUGGUAUACUGAGCAUCUGCUAGACGUGUCCUGCCUGGCGCAGCACGCCGAGGAGCUCGCUCCGCUCCCCGAGCGAGUAGGUCAGCGUCCGCGAUCUGAAGUCGACGCCCA